AUGGAAGUGCAGCGGAUGAACAGGUUCGGGCUGCUGGCGGGUAUCGUCCUGAUCGCGAUGGUCGGGGGGGCGACGGGUGCUGUUUUCACUCGGUUGGUCCCGCCCGUCAUUGAUGAAGAGCGGGUGUUAAGGAUCGUGGACGAGAGGCUGGCCUGGGACCGGCAAACCCAGGAACCCCUAGACGCCAGUAUCGAGUCUUACCUGCUGGCUAAUCCCAGGAUACUCGAACGCGUGUCAGAGGCUCUGGUAGCUCAGCGUGACGCCGAGCAGCGCACGAAGGAUAAGGAGAUCAUUGAGGCAAACCGGCAGGCGCUGUUCUAUGGUCUGGGCAGCGUGAUCGUCGGUAAUCCCCAGGGUGACGUCACGCUUGUUGAGUUCUACGACUACAACUGCGAGUACUGCCGCCGCGCAUUCCCGGAUUUGGUUGAAUUGAUGGACGCCGACCCCGAUCUCAAGGUUGUUCUCCGACAGUUUCCCAUCUUGUCGCAGGGAUCGGUGGACGCAGCGCGCGUGGGAACUCUCGUGGCUGAGGCGGGCGGUGAUUACUGGACGUUCCAUCAGGAACUGUUCACGGCGCGCGGACAGGUGGACCUCGAGACCGCGCUGAACGCUGCAGUGUCGAUCGGGCUCGACCCCGAAGUGCUUCGGACGCGUAUUGAAACCCCGACUGCCGAUGCGCCUCUCGCUGAAUCAUUCGAAUUGGCGAGGGCGUUAGGCGUCACCGGUACGCCUACUUUUGUCCUUGGCGAUGAGAUUAUACCAGGCGCUGUAGGUACUGAGGCGCUGCGCCAGAAAGUGCGGUCGGACGAGCAGGACUACGGAUAUGGCGAGUACCUUGGCUCCAAUACGGAGCUAAUAUUCUCUCUGGCGGCGGCAUCUUCUUCGGCGCUGGACCAGUCGGCGACGACGUUCUUUAUCGUCGCUCAAUUCUUGAGCGGCUACUUUAUGGCUCGGGAGAGGGAUGAAAGCGCGUUCGUGCUCUUCCUGCUUAGCCUCCGCCAUCCGCCCACGCAGUAUGACGUGGGCGGUCACGUACAUGAAACUGACCCCAACGAGGAAGCCGACGAUCACCGGGAGGGACAGCAGCGUGCCCCUGCCUCCCGCGCUCGAUCUCGUCAUGUAGGCGGUGACCUCGACGAUCACUUGCGCGAUGGCGCCGGCGCCGAUGCCGAGGAAGAGCGCCGACCAUUGCGGCGCAUAGGCCAAGCUGCCGAUCCAGAUACCCACCACGGCAGGGGCACCGGCCAGCAGCGUCAGGGCGGCGAAGCUCCAGAGCGGCGGCCUUGCCUUGAGGAUCGGCGCGGCGAUUCCGAUGCCCUCGGUCACGUUGUGCACGGCGAAGCCCAGCACCAGGAAAGUCCCCAGGCCCGCCGAGCCGGCGGCGAAGGCGGCACCGAUCGCCAGCCCCUCGCCGAAGUUGUGCAGCCCGAUGCCGAGCGCGAUGUAGAACGAGAGCGCGAGGCCCACCGGCGCGCCGCGCCAGCGCCCGAUGGCCAUGAGCAGCAUGAAGCUGGCGCCGGCGGCGAGCAGCACCAGCAACGGUCCCUGGAAUUGCACCGCCGAGGCUGCGCUCAUCUCCAGCGCUUCCAGCGACAUGUCAACCAGGAGGAACGCGAGCAGCCCGAUCGUCAGCGCCAGCACGAAGUUCAUGCCCCCCGCACCGACGCCGCGCAUCGCCGGAUAGCACAGCAGCCCGAUGGCUACCGGCAGGACGCCAACGAUCAGUCCGAUGAGCGCCUGCUGCCAGAGGAGCGAUUGCGUCGGGACCGGCGUCGGCACUGCGACCGGGAUCUCGUGGAGGAAGGUGGCGCCGGUAUUGGUCACGAUAUUGAUCGCGUGCGCCUCGCCCUGCACCCAGGGAUAGGGAAUGGCGAGCCAGACCGUGCUGCCGCGCGCGAUGGGUCCGGGCGGGUCCUGGGUGAAGGUCCAAUAGGCGUCGUCGACCUGGACCUGGGCGAUGGUCAUGGCCUCCGACCCGCCGGCCCGAACCAGGACGCGGAUGCCGCUGCCGUCGAGGAUCGUCCUCUCGUAGGUGACGGCCUCCACCGGCGGCGCACCGUUGUUGAAGCUGCGCAGCGGGUCGGCAUUGGCGAUCCAUGCGAUGGCAAUGCCAAGCAGCACGACGGGCAGCAGCAGCCACAGAAGGAGCAGGCGGUUCGGGCGGUCGGGCGACUGAGCGCCCCGGGUCUCGGAAACGGUCAUGGCCUAGCCCUCCACCACGUCGAACAUUCCCAUCCAGCCCAGUUCGGUGAACUCGGCCUGGUGGGCGUGGAACAUGUAUUGGCCGGCCUCGUGGUCGGCGUAGCUGAACUCGAGGAUGCCCCGUUGCGCCUGGGCUGGCCACUCGGGGGCAGCCUGCUGUUCGGCCUGGCGCUGUCGGUUGCCUCUACCGUGGUGCUGCUCAAGGCCUUGCAGGACCGGCGGCUGAUCGAGACCGAGCGCGGCCGCAUCGCCGUUGGCUGGCUGAUCGUGGAAGAUCUGGCCAUGGUGCUGGCGCUUGUGCUGAUCCCCGCCAUUGCCAGUCUUGGCGGCACCGAUACGGGUAUCCACGACCCGUUCGUGUCUUUUGUGGAGAGCAUUCUUGGCACUGAGAUCGGAAUCUGGGGUGUCUUGGCACUGACCAUCGUCAAGGUCGCCGCCUUUGUCGGCUUCAUGCUGAUCGUGGGGCGGCGCAUUAUUCCGUGGGCCCUGCAUGGCACGGCCCAUACCGGAUCGCGCGAGCUGUUCCGGCUGGCCGUGCUGGCCAUUGGGCUGGGCGUGGCGCUCGGUUCGGCAGUGCUGUUCGGCGUGUCGCUGGCGCGGGGUGCGUUCUUUGCCGGCAUGAUCCUCAGCGAAAGCGAGCUCUCCCACCGGGCGGCGCAGGAAACGCUGCCGCUGCGCGACGCCUUUGCGGUGCUGUUCUUCGUGUCGGUCGGCAUGUUGUUCGACCCCGCCAUCAUCAUUACCGACCCGCUGCCGGUGCUGGCAACGGUGUUCAUCAUCGUCAUCGGCAAGUCCCUUGCGGCCUUUGGCAUUGUGCUGUUGUUCCGCAGGCCGGUGGGGACCGCCCUGACUAUUUCGGCAUCUUUGGCCCAGAUUGGCGAAUUCUCGUUCAUCCUGGCCACAAUGGGUGUGGCACUGGCCAUUUUGCCCACCGAAGGCAAGGACUUGAUCCUGGCCGGCGCGCUGAUUUCUAUCGUUUUCAAUCCGCUGGUGUUCUGGGCCGUCGAUCUGCUCAAGCCGCGCUUUGAGACGCGGUUUGCGGAUCGCAAGGGGGCGCGCGGCGAACGGAUCGAACCCGUCGAGCCGGUAGAAGCGGCAACGGGUCCACUGACGACAGACCUCCCGACCCAGGCGGCGGUGAAUGUGGGCGCCGCGGGCGCAGACGACGACACGACAGCGCCGACAACUCUCACCGACCAUACGGUACUGGUUGGCUAUGGACAGGUGGGCCGUAUUAUUGCCGACGGCUUGAAGGGCGGCGGCGCCCCUGUGCUGGUGAUUGAGGAUUCCGAUAAUGACGUUUCGGCGGCGCGCGAGGCCGGAUUUGAGGUUCUGUUCGGCAAUGCUGCCGCAUCUGACGUCAUGCGCAUGGCCAAUAUCGGGGAAGCCCGUUCUCUGAUGUUGGCCAUUUCCAAUGGCUUUGAAGCGGGGAGCGUGUGCGAGACGGGACGCAAGCUCAAUCCAUCCAUCCUCAUCGUUGCCCGCGCCUAUUCCGAAGAAGAGGAUACCUAUCUGCGCGGCUUGGGCGCCAAUAUCGUCAUUCGCGGCGAGCGGGAAAUCGGCAUGGGUAUGCUGGCUUAU